AUAUUUAAUGUUUUCAUACAUCGUCUUAGCACUUAACCCGGAAAUUGGUUGGAGUUGGAGACCUCGUUUCAGACGGAUCUUAGAUUGUUUUGAGUGUGACUUCCCGCGAAGACGACGUCACAGCAAACCGAUAUCUAGGUUGGUGGAAUGAGUAAACGAAAGGUAAAGGAAUUGCACCUAACAGUUGGAGAAUGCAUCUCACAGGUUCAGCGACUGUUAAGAGAGCGAUUCUGUCAUUUCAAACUUCCCAACGAGCCACAGGGAAUGGAAUCUCAACAUAAACAUCUUCUGGAGCUUCUUAAGAGGACUGCGGUCCAUGGGGAGAGCAACUCUGUAAUCAUCGUUGGACCAAGAGGAGCAGGGAAAACAAUGCUCCUGAAUUGUGUCUUGAGUGAGUUGCUGGAGGUGAAUGAAGUGAAGAAGAAUGUCUUACAGGUUCAUCUGAAUGGCCUCCUACAGACUGAUGAUAGAAUAGCCCUCAAAGAAAUAACACGCCAGCUUCACCUGGAAAAUGUGGUCGGGGACAAAGUGUUUGGAAGUUUUGCAGAGAACCUGGCAUUCCUGCUUCAGGCAUUAAAGAAAGGUGAUCGUAGCAGCAGCCGUCCUGCCCUCUUCAUUCUGGAUGAAUUUGACUUGUUUGCUCACCAUAAGAACCAGACCCUUCUCUACAACCUCCUGGACGUCUCCCAGUCUGCCCAGGCCCCCGUUGCUGUGAUUGGACUCACCUGCCGGCUGGACGUGCUGGAGCUGCUGGAGAAGCGAGUCAAGUCCAGGUUCUCCCACAGGCAGAUCCACCUGCUCAGCAGGCUGAGCUUCACGGGGUACCUGGAGGCUGUGUGCACCCAGCUAAGCCUUCCCCAGGACUUCCCUGACCCCCGCUUUGCUCAGGACUGGAACACCAGCAUCAAGACACUGUGUGAAGACAAAUUGGUUGUGGAUGUUCUACAAAGGCAUUUCAACUCCAGCAAAGACUUUCGUUCUCUGCAUAUGUUACUGAUGCUUACGUUGAGCCGUGUGACUGUAUCAAAACCCACCAUCACAGCCACAGAUAUCCUGGAGGCCAGUCGAGUGUGCAUGGUCGACUCCAAAGCCAACAUUCUCCAUGGUCUGUCCAUUCUUGAACUUUGUCUGAUAAUUGCAAUGAAACACCUAAAUGACAUCUAUGACGGAGAGCCCUUCAACUUCCAAAUGGUUCACAAUGAGUUCAAGAAAUUUCUGCAGAGAAAAUCCCAUUCCAUUCAUAAUUUUGACAAGCCAGUCGUCCUGAAGGCUUUUGAGCACUUGCAACAGCUAGAACUCAUCCAGUCCAUGGAUGGGUCUACAGCUAAGGUCCAGAGAGAGUACCAACUCAUGAAGCUUAUGCUGGAUCACAGCCAAAUAAUGGAGGCCUUGCAGAAAUACCCACAAUGCCCCACUGAUGUGAAACAGUGGGCAAUGUCUGCGUUUGGUUGAUGGUUUGUUUCUGGACAGUUCCCACUCCACCUGAAAGAUAAGGACCAAGCUGAAAGAGCACUUAUAAGUCACUACUAAGUCAUCAAAACUUUCAGAAAAGUUCCAGAAGCCUGCUUUUCUUGCACCUGCAGGGGGAGUAUUGAGAUAGACUGGAGACACGUCAUGUUGCUUUUCUUUCAAAUAUCAAAACGAAAGCUUUAGUAAUAGACAUUGUCAACUCAUUUGUAUUCUAAACAUUUGCCGUUUCAGUAAACCAAUCAUUUUGAACGCAUACGUUUGUGUUGAGCUGUACAUUUAUCUUGAAAUGGGGAUAGCACCACUGUGUGGUCAAUGUUGGACCUAAUAACAUAACUGGAAAAAUUCCAGAACCAAGACACCACGUAGAGCAGUCACUAUACUUUAUUUCAAGGGGAAUAGCUUACUAUUUCUCUGUACAAUAUUUAACAAUCACUUCUAACCAGGCCACUGAAACACUUGGUGAAAUACUCACAAAGCAAUUAAAUUGGCAAGUCCACUGGGUAAAUGUACAGUCAAUUGUGCCUAAUAUGCACUGACUAUCGGCAGAUACUGAGAGUCCAAACAAACGUAUUUUAGCUUUUGGACUUGUUUUAGAGGUAAUGCGUUUACAGAAAAAACACUGCUGGUCAAAUCCCAGGGAUACAUCCAUGCUGCCCUGCUGGAAUAGUGUACCAAAGGUAUCAAUGCUGUAGCAUCUGGGCCAGAGCUUGGAUGUCUGAGGUAAAAAUCUGUUCAUUCAGGUUGCCAUGUGAGGAGGCUUCAUCAGACCAGUUUGGAAAGGAAGAGAGCCUUAUCCGGGGAAGGAAAAAGUGACUGUUUGGGCCAUGAUGACAUAAAUUAAUACAAUUUCAAAAUACAUUUAUAUAUAAAAUAAACAGCAAAAAAUCUUAUGGAAUAAUACAUGUGUAAUAUCUUGUGAUAAAAGGAUAGAAACAACCCCAUGCUCUUUUCACAAUCUAAAAACAACAUUGAUAUUUAUUUACAUAAUGUGCAUUAUUACCAUUUAAACUGAACCUGUAAAAUGUUUAGUUCCAGUUUCAAUGUAUAAAUCAACUCAGAAUAAAAGGCCCAUGUCGAAGUCAUGGGGUGUAGAAUGCCUGUACAGAGAUUGAUGUUGUGAAACCAGGAUGUUCAAGAAGCUGUAGGGGAAAACAAA